AUGGCGACCUCCACGAUGAGAAAGUUGUUGUCUUCUUUUGUUGGGCCGGUUGGUGUUCGUGUGUUUUCUCGUCUUGGAAACAAAACGGCGGUGCAUGUUUCUACAGUAUACAGAAAGUUAUUUUGCCACCGGCCCCUGAGUAUUGCAGGAACGACCGUUGGCAUAUCAUACUCUUUGUUUGGCUUCAGUUUUGGGGGAAAAGAUGAAGAAGAAACUGAUCCAUUGACAGAACUCUAUAGAGGUGCCAGAUUAGCACACAUGCGACAGGAUCUCCAAAAGGCAGACACAUUAUACCAUGAGGCUCUGAAGCUUGCAGAUGACCUUGUGAAGUCACAGCAGAUAACUGAGGAGAAGUUCCUCACCGCUCGUACACUCUUUUAUGAUGGUCUUGCUGACAUUGCAAUGCAGACUGGCCAAAUAGACACAGCAGAAAUCUUGUACAAGGAGACUAUGAAAGGUUGCUUGAUGCAGGGAAUGGAAUAUAACCACAAUGCUAUGGUGGAAAUGGGCCUGAAGCUCGCAACAAUCUACGCAAUGAGGGGUCAGAAAAUGGAAGCAGAAGAAGGUUACAAAUUCUGUUUAAACGCCCAGAUCCCCAAACUUGCAACAACUGAAAAACUUCUGAAAGCCAACGAUGCAAAAUCAGUUAAACAAAACUCAGAGCUUGUUUUGAGAUUAGAGAUGGAGGAAACUGAAAAAGACACCGCAGCUUUACUAGGGAUGGCUUUGAGUAGCUACGGGCGCUUCUUGUUGUAUGAAAAACGUUAUACCGAAGCGCUGCCGCUAUUUGAAAAGGCUAAAUUCUAUGCAGAACACACUCUAGGAACAAACACAGAUCAGUAUUUAGUCGUGCUAAAUGAUAUUGCAACGCUUUAUAUUGUCACCAAAAAUCUUGACAAGGCAGAAGAAGUUCUUAAAGAGGGAAUUAAUCUUUCAGAGAAACAUAAACUGGUAGAGAAAGCAAUGCUGUUCUGCAACCUGGGAGCUGUGUAUUUAAGGAAGGGAGAUGUAUCAUCAGCCAUAAAACAGUGUCAGUUGGGUAUGGAGUCUGCUAAAGAGUUUGAUCAUAAAAUGGCAUUUAAGAUGGCUGAGGCAUGUUUAAAGAAGGGAGCUAGUGUUAUGGCUAAUAAAUCAAAGUAA